CUCUCUCUCUCUCUCUCCGAGUGUGGGGAAAAAAAAAAAGGGAAGCGGCUCGAAGCGACCAAGAAGACCGAAGGGAGGAAUGACGCUCGAAGACGGUAUGGCGGCGACGAGAACCGCGUCGUCGUCGGCGACGGAGAAGCUCCUGCUGCACCACAAGGAAAACCAUUUCACGGCGGGCGAUGUGGUCCGGGACGUCAUCAUGGGCGUCUCCGACGGCCUCACCGUCCCCUUCGCCCUCGCCGCCGGCCUCUCCGGCGCCUCCGCCCCCUCCUACCUCAUCCUCACCGCCGGCCUCGCCGAGGUCGCGGCCGGCGCCAUCUCCAUGGGCCUCGGCGGGUAUCUAGCGGCGAAGAGCGAGGCGGACCACUACAUGCGGGAGUUGAAGCGGGAGCAGGAGGAAAUCGUCACGGUUCCGGACACCGAGGCGGCGGAGAUUGAAGAGAUUCUGUCGCAGUACGGUCUGGAGCCGCACGAUUACAGCCCGGUGGUCAACGCCCUCCGGAAGAAUCCGCAGGCAUGGCUCGAGUUCAUGAUGAAGUUUGAGCUAGGGUUAGAGAAGCCCGAGCCAAGGAGAGCGCUGCAGAGUGCACUAACAAUUGCCAUGGCAUACGUAGUAGGCGGUGUGGUGCCCCUCUUGCCCUAUGUCUUCAUCCCAAAUGCUCAGAAAGCAAUGCUGGCAUCAAUUGGUGUCACCCUCACUGCGCUCUUGUUCUUUGGCUACAUCAAGGGCCACUUCACUGGCAACCGCCCUGUUCUAAGUGCCAUCCAAACAGCCUUCAUUGGAGCACUUGCCUCUGCUGCUGCCUACGCCUUGGCAAAAGUUCUCCAAGCUGCAUGAGGGCCAGCACAUUCAAUGAUUCAUGUACUGCUUCCUGUGGUGCAUCAGCAUCAGCAUCAGCAGCAGCAGCAGCAGCGUAUGGACAGAUGAGGUUUUCUUUCAGAAAGCUGCAGUUUUUUUUCUUAUAAAAGAUAGCUACUAUCAUAAGCGAGAUUAAAUAAGUGAAGUUACUGUACUUUUAAAGGAUUUGGCUUUUUGAGUUGCAUAUUGUUUACUGCUGCUUUAUAAUAAAAUUAUCCUGUUCUUGGA